UCCGCCCUCUGUCUGCAGGCGCGCCUCCAGCGGCGGGUGCAAAUUUUCGGAGGCGGCGGUUUUGCAAUUUGCCGGUGGGGAUUUUUUUUUUUUUUUUUGCCCUCCAUUCGUUUUCGGCGCCGCUGCUGCGGGAACCGAGGCUCUCACCGUAGUAUCUCUUUUGGUUGUUUUUAAAGGCAGGGAAAUAAAAUGAAAUGUAAGCACCAUUCGGCCGCCUCAGAAGGCAGCACUGGGAGAUGAUGAACAUCAGUCAGUCAGUUUCUCUGUGAUCUUGUCAGGCCGUCAUGGCUUGUGUGUCUUGUCCCAGCACAAGCGAGUUCCCCUUCUUGGCAGACAGGCAUGCUCGUCUUUUAUUAGCCCAGAUCAACAAGAUGAGAUGUGGGCAACAUUUCUGUGAUGUACAGCUCCAGGUUGGCGAAGGAGCAUAUAAAGUCCACCGGCUUGUUUUGGCUGCAAGCAGCUCUUAUUUUGCUGCUUUGUUUGCUGGAGGGAUGAAAGAGUCGUCAAAGGAUGUUGUGCAGAUCCUGGGUGUGGAUGCUAAUAUUUUCCAGAUCCUCCUGGAGUUUAUUUAUACAGGUAUAGCCAGCAUUGAUGAGAAUAACGUCCAGGAGUUGAUUGUGGCAGCAGACAUGUUUCAGCUAUCAGAGGUGGUGGACCUUUGCUGUGAAUUUCUAAAGGGACAGAUUGAUCCUAUGAACUGCAUUGGACUCUUUCAGUUUGCUGAGCAAAUUGCCUGUCAUGACCUGCUAGAAUUCUCAGAGAAUUACAUCCAUGCCCACUUCCUGGAGAUUCAGAAUGGAGAUGAAUUCUUGGCAUUGACAAAAGACCAGCUUAUUAAGAUAUUGCGAAGUGAAGACCUAAGCAUAGAAGAUGAGUACCAGGUUUUCAUGGCUGCAAUGCAAUGGAUUUUGAAAGACCCAGGGAAAAGAAAGAAAUAUGUUGUGGAGAUAUUGGAUGCAGUGAGAUUUCCUUUAUUACCUCCACAAAGACUUUUGAAGUACAUAGAAGCGGUUCCAGAUUUCAGUCUUCGAGUAGCCCUUCAUACUCUGUUGAAAGAAUACUGUGAAGUUUGUCAGUCUCCCAAAGAAAACAAGAUGAGCAGUUUUCUCCAGGCAGCUAAGACACGUCCACGGAGAAAAGCUAGGAAGUACCUUUAUGCAGUAGGUGGUUAUACUCGCUUGCAGGGAGGUCGUUGGAGUGAUAGCAGAGCUCUCAGCUGCGUGGAGCGUUUUGAUACUUUCAGUCAGUACUGGACUACUGUAUCUUCCUUACACCAGGCUCGCAGCGGUCUGGGUGUUACCGUAGUUGGAGGAAUGGUCUAUGCUAUUGGAGGUGAAAAAGACUCUAUGAUUUUUGACUGUACUGAACGCUAUGAUCCUAUUACAAAGCAAUGGGCAGCUGUAGCUUCCAUGAACCAUCCUCGUUGUGGACUAGGAGUCUGCACCUCUUAUGGGACUAUCUAUGCUUUGGGAGGUUGGGUUGGAGCAGAGAUUGGCACCUCUGUUGAACGUUUUGAUCCUGAAGAGAAUACUUGGGAAGUCGUGGGCAGCAUGGCUGUGCCACGUUACAAUUUUGGGUGUUGUGAAAUACGGGGUUUAAUUUAUGUUGUUGGAGGCAUUGGCAAUGAAGAAAUAGAACUAUGUUCCGUGGAAGUCUAUGACCCAAUAUCUAAACGCUGGUCUGCACUUCCUGAAAUGGGCACCAGAAGGGCAUAUUUAGGAGUGGCUGCUCUGAAUGACUGCAUCUAUGCUGUUGGAGGGUGGAAUGAAACUCAAGGCGCUCUUUCAACUGUUGAGAAAUACUCAUUUGAAGAGGAGAAAUGGGUGGAAGUUGCUUCAAUGAAGGUCCCAAGAGCUGGAGUAUGUGUCAUAGCUGUGAAUGGCUUCCUUUAUGCCACCGGAGGCAGGACUGCCAGCUAUGAUGCAGCUGCCCCUGUAACUUCAGAUUCUGUGGAAGUGUACAACCCACAUAUGGAUACUUGGACUGAAACUGCUAACAUGAUCACCAGCCGCUGUGAAGGAGGUGUAGCAGUGCUUUGAAGAAUACCAUGCUUUAAAAAAAAGCAAAAAUUAGUGUGAAUUUAAAUGCUGUAAAGAAACUGAUGAUUUGGACACCUCUUAAGAAAGAGAGUGCAGUUAGAAGAGGAAUUGACUUCUAAAAUAUAUUCAGUAGUUUACUGGAUAAGUUUACAAGCAACUUAAAUUGUUACUGGAACAAUUUAAAUCUUUGUCUGUUGAACAGAGUUCAUGGAUAGUUCUGACAACAGAAACUUCUUGAUUUUUAACAUCUGCCCUUGACAUUUGGAAAGCUUCUAUGGUUUAUCAUGUUAGGAACCUCUAUUUGAAGUGUAGAAAAGUUAAAAUUGGCAAAUCCAUCUCAGUAUUUAACAGGUAUUAUAAUUUCUUGAAAAUCCAUUCUUUUAUAUUUUAAGAGUCCUUCAUUCUAGGGCAAUAUGGGAUUGGUUAGUGUGACUCAGUGACCUGGUUCACUGGUCAAACAGUAAUUUUACCCAUAAGAUUUGGCAGCACACAAUAAUAUUUAUUUGCAUUUCUGAAGUUGCCCAACCUCAAUGAC